AAAAUGGCGCUAACUAAUCGACUUUUAAUGAAUUCGUCAGCUCUUCUAAGAAGUUCAACGCUCCCAUUAGCUGUGACAUCAUCACGACAGGCCCAUGCUGCACAUAAUACUGUCAUCAAUUUUGUUCCACAGCAAGAAGCGUGGGUUGUAGAAAGAAUGGGAAAGUUCUACAAGAUUCUUGAACCGGGACUCAACUUCUUAUUGCCUAUCAUUGAUAAAAUCAAAUUCGUUCAAAAUCUUCGUGAAAUUGCAAUUGAGAUUCCUGAGCAAGGAGCCAUUACAAUUGACAAUGUACAACUCAGGCUCGACGGAGUUCUUUAUUUGCGUGUUUUCGAUCCCUACAAGGCAUCGUACGGAGUCGAUGACCCAGAAUUCGCAGUAACUCAAUUAGCGCAGACAACGAUGAGAAGUGAAGUUGGAAAAAUCAAUUUGGAUACAGUAUUCAAGGAGAGGGAAUUGCUCAAUGAAAAUAUUGUAUUUGCAAUCAACAAAGCAUCAGCACCUUGGGGAAUUCAAUGUAUGCGAUACGAAAUCAGAGAUAUGCAGAUGCCAUCAAAAAUUCAAGAAGCUAUGCAAAUGCAAGUUGAAGCUGAGAGAAAGAAAAGAGCCGCGAUUUUGGAAUCAGAAGGAAUCAGAGAAGCUGCCAUUAAUAGGGCCGAAGGAGACAAGAAAUCAGCUAUUUUGGCGUCUGAGGCUGUUCAAGCCGAACGUAUCAAUGUAGCAAAGGGAGAAGCAGAAGCAGUAAUCCUUAAAGCCGAAUCUCGUGCCAAAGCUAUUGAACGUAUUGCAUUGGCUCUUGAGAAAGAUGGAGGUGCAAAUGCUGCUGGAUUGACCGUUGCAGAGCAAUAUGUUGGAGCUUUUGGAAAUCUUGCCAAGGAAUCAAAUACUGUUGUUCUUCCGGCAAAUCUCAGUGAUCCAGGAAGUAUGGUUUCUCAAGCACUUGCUGUUUACGACUCAUUGAGCAAUAAGAAAAAGUGAAAAUGUUUUGUUUGAGUUUAUGUGCAAGCGUAGUUUCCGUUUCUCCAUUUUCAUAUUUCCCUGUUUCUAAAUUUUGGUUUACUGGUAUUUGAAUGUAAUUUUACAUCAUCUUUUCAAAAAUCUCUUGAUUGUUCGUUAUUCUAAAUUUUCAGCAGAUGAAUUAGUUGAAUU